AUGGGACGGUGGGAGUCACAGAGUACUGGGCCUGACUCCUGCCAACUCAAAAGCUUGGCAUUGAAGCCCAAGCCCAGACGAAAAAGUAGACAAACAGUGAGUAUAAAGUAUAAACCCUGCCGGCUGCAAAGUAUCCCUCCUCCGAUGUUGAUGGCCAACGAAUUGCCUGAAGACUUGGUGACAGAGAUUUUGCUAUGCCUUCCCGUUGUGUCUCUCUUGCGAUUCAAUUGCGCCUGCAAAUCCUGGUACGCUCUCAUUACUCACCAAAACUUCAUCAGAAAACACCUCCUACACAACAAGAACAACAACACCCGCCUCUUUCUCUGGCAAGACGAAACUACCAGAGAUAUAGUUGCAUCCACGCUUUCUUAUGAAACCCUCCAAGUAUCCCUUACACAACCUCUACCUCUACCAUUUACUGAGGUCACUUAUUUCGUGGGUUCUUGCGAUGGUCUUGUUUGCCUCAGCGAUUACGAUGCAUUGAAUGUUGUCAUAUGGAACCCUGCAACUAAAGAAACAAAGGUUGUCCCCAAUUCAAGCAUGUCCCGCUUCUCCGAUGAUUAUCACAUCAUGUCUGGUAUCGGAUUUGGUUUUGAUGCCAAAACUAGUGACUACAAGAUAAUAAAAUUUUUUAGUCUCUUUGAUCCCAACGAAAGUGACAAUUAUGAUUAUGAAGGCCAUGUCCCCUGUUAUAGAUUAAGUGAGGUAUAUAGCUUAAGUGUCGAUUCUUGGAGAAAAGUUGAUAGCCGCCCAGGUUUAUUUGAUGUUAACGCUAUUGAUACAUACAUCAAUGGGAUGGCUUCUUGGGAGGCAUUUGAUUUUGAUGAUAAUUGGGAGGGGGUUUUGUCAUUUGACAUGAGCGGCGAGGUAUUUCUAAAAACACCGCUGCCAGAUGAUGUUUUGAAUAGUGGUGAUUGGAGAAACUUUUUUGUGUUGAAUGAAUCGAUUGCUAUGGUAUUUUCAAGUGGGAAUGAAGAAUGGUUGGAGAUUUGCUGUGAUAUAUGGUUGUUGCUUGAAGUUGGUGUUAAAGACUCCUGGACUAAGCUUUUCACUGUUGGACCAAUUACAGGAAUUGAACUACCCUUACCAUUUUGGCAAAUUGAAGGACCCUUAACAUUUUGGCAAAUUGAAGGACCCUUAACAUUUUGGAAGAAUGACGCCAUAUUCUGCAGAACAAAUGACAGAUUGAUCUUGUACAACCCCUUUACCAAAGAAAGGACUAAUCUCCCAAUUCAGAGCUAUAGCUGCCCGAUUACUUACAUGGAGACCCUAGUUUCUGUCAAGGGAAGAAAUGAAUUUUAAGAGCAUGAUAGUUGUUGUCAAUGCUUGAGGGCCAUCUUUCUAUAUCUCUUCCAAGUGUGUUUCAGGCAGCAUACAUGUGCUGAGCUUAUUCUUGUCAAAUGAUGUAUUUCUCAAAUAUUUUAACUCGUACCUCUUUGGGAGCAAUAGUGAGAGAAUUUUAAGAUUAAUAAAGAACACAAAUGUUUUUUUUA